UGACAGAUGACGAUUGACGUCAUGACGUUUCUCUCUUUCACUUUUGACAUAGAAGAACGCCGUUCUCCGGUUCAGCGCUAAGCAAUUUUGGUUGAAAAUUGUUUAUCUCGACCGGGAAAUAGCAUAAACAUGGCAGCCGCCGUUGUAGCUGGCAAGGACAUUGAGAAGCCCCAGGCGGAGGUAUCGCCCAUCCAUCGCAUCCGUAUCACGCUCACAUCCCGCAACGUACGGUCUUUGGAGAAAGUGUGCUCCGACUUGAUCAAUGGCGCCAAAAAACAGAAGCUGCGUGUUAAGGGACCAGUGCGCAUGCCCACCAAGAUCCUCCGCAUCACCACCCGUAAGACUCCUUGUGGUGAGGGUUCCAAGACCUGGGACAGGUUCCAGAUGAGCAUCCACAAGAGGGUCAUCGACCUGCACUCCCCCUCGGAGAUCGUGAAGCAGAUCACCUCCAUCAACAUUGAGCCCGGUGUAGAAGUUGAAGUCACCAUUGCUGAUGCGUAGGCACAGCUGCCAAUAAACAUUUUAUAACUA